ACUACAACGGGGUGGCGUUUAGGGAUUGUCUCAGUAAUUCUUCUGGUGCUGUUGGUACUGAAAUUGCUCUUUGGAAUUUGAAUUUAAAACCCUGCGUCUGCAUCGAGGAUUGUGACUCGGGAUCUUCGUGUUAUGACACGCAAGUGUCCUACCACUAGCACGUCCGAGGAGCGAGGAGCUGAAUGUGUAAUUUAAAUAUCUAAAAAAACAGUGGGGGAAAAGAGAGGAGGAGUUAUGUCUCAGCUUUGUCUGUACUGGGGAUGUUGAUACCAGAGUGCAAUUUAAUAAUUAACAUGAUUGAAAGGCGGGUUUUUAUCAAACAAUAAUAUAUAAAAAAAAGAAUCAGCGAAUGUUUUCAAAUGCACGAGCUCUGCAAGACAGAAAUGUAAUAACACAUAUCUGUUCUUCAAUGAGACGGCACAGACAGAGCUGCAUUUCUCCAUUGCACACUAUCCAUGCUCCAGUUUUCAUAUUGACGGAUUUAGUAGUAGUACGGAAUACUACUAUCGUAACAGUGGCGACAACUCUGUAUUGUCAGCUCAUGUGUCUAAAAAAGUUGCUUAUGGUUAUCCACUGAUUAUUAUUUUUUUUCUUCUAAACAUUUUAUUUUGCAACUGAACUUGAAGUCAACGUCGCGGAUUCACGAGCAUAUGAAGCAUGAGUACUGGUGAGAGUGACAGCAAUGCACCGGGAAGUGUGGCAGACCCCAGUAACGCUAACGAAAAUGAAAAUGAAAAGGUGGACAAAAGUAGAGUAGGAAAAGCCGAGCCACAUGAGACGCAAAAUAAAGAUGAGAAGGAGCACGUUGACGGCAGACGGCAACAACAACAACAACAACACCGGGGCGAUGUGGAGCGGCCUGAGAUUAUACAGGGUCAGCAACUUGACACAGAAAAAUAUAAUGUCCAGGGGCCGGGGGAAAAUAAAAAAGAAGUAUCCACGAUAGGGGGAAAGACUGCGCAGCUAAUUGAGACGAGUUCCCCUGAAAUAAUCUCAACCGCCACACUCUCGGAACACGAACCUCCACCUGGAGGACCCAUGGCUCGGUUCGAGCCACCGGAGGGAGGGUUCGGCUGGCUCGUUGUCUGCGCUGCUACGUGGUGCAAUGGGUCGAUAUUUGGCAUACAAAACUCUUUCGGCAUUUUGCAUGUGAUGCUAGUGGAAGAGUAUCAAAACCAAAACGACGAGACCCUGCAGUUUAAAGCAGCCUGGGUGGGUGCUCUGGCCAUGGGGAUGAUCUUCUUCUGCUCUCCCAUCGUCAGCAUGUUCACAGACCACUUUGGCUGCAGGAAGACUGCUUUGGGCGGGGCGUUCGUGGCUUUCAUCGGGCUUCUCACCACCUCCUUCACAAAUUCCCUGGGACUGCGCCUCUUCACCUACGGGAUCCUGUUUGGCUGUGGCUCCUCCUUCGCUUUCCAGCCCACUCUGGUCAUCCUGGGACAUUACUUCCGCAGGCGACUGGGGCUGGCCAACGGCAUGGUGACGGCCGGCAGCAGCGUUUUCUCCAUGGCCCUGCCGGUGCUGCUGAAGAAGGUGGUGGGGCCGCUGGGUCUCAGCUACACCUUCCAGAUCCUCAGCGCCUUCAUGCUGGUCCAGGCCUUCCUAGCGUUGAUCUUCCAGCCCCUGCUUCCCACCGCACACAGCUCACCCCACGCUGAGGGAGAAGGGGGGAGUAGGUGGCAGAGGGGCCUGCCACAGAUGCGCAAGUUCUUUAACCUGAGGGUUUUCCGCUUGACCACAUACAGAGUGUGGGCGUUCGGAGUGGCCACAGCGGUACUGGGAUAUUUUGUGCCAUACAUUCAUUUGGUGAACUACGUGAAGGAAGAAUUUAAAGAAACUGAGAAAGAAUGGAUUCCCUUGGUCUGCAUCGGGGCAUCGUCAGGGGUUGGCCGUUUGGUUUUUGGGAAAAUAGGAGACCUCAUACCGGGAGUGAAGAAGAUUUACAUGCAGGUGGCCUCAUUCCUGCUGCUGGGACUCAUGUCCAUGAUGAUCCCGCAGUGCUGUGUGUUUGAGGGCGUCAUCGUGGUCUGCAUCUUCCUGGGGCUGUGUGACGGCUGCUUCAUCACCACCAUGGCCCCCAUCGCCUUCGAGCUGGUCGGGCCCAUGCAGGCCUCCCAGGCCAUCGGCUACCUGCUGGGGCUCAUGGCAAUCCCCAUGAUAGCCGGGCCGCCCAUAGCAGGGAUUCUUCAUGAUUAUUUUGGCAACUACCACGUAGCUUUUUACCUGGCUGGGGUGCCCCCAAUUAUUGGUGGCACGGUUCUGUUCUUCGUCCCUCUUAUCCAUCGUUGGAACCAGCGCUGCCAGCAGCAGGAGGACCACUGCAACGAUAAGAUGCUUCCUUCAGAGAACAACGCUGUGAACGGGGAUCUCCUGCCGGGAUUCACAGAAGUCGAGACACACGUCUAGAGGUUUGCGACAAAUGAAGGUACCCUUUUAAAAACAGAAUGGCAAAUGGGACAGCACACCAGAACAUUCAACCCCCCUUUGUUUCGGAUUCGGUGAAACUGCUGCUACCUCUGCACACAGGUUCCAACAUUUCCUUUGUGGUUGUUGUUGUUUUUUCCUAUUGUUCCCCAGCAGUGCCUGUGCUUUUACACCUCUAAGUUUACAAGACUGCCCCUGUAUUUCUUAUAACCAGUUUUACACUUUUACUCUUCGCCCCAAUGGAAUUCUCACAACAGGGCAGCACGAAGUAGACCUGCAUUGUUUUAAAAUCGUUUCUGACCUGAGAAAGUCUUUUCUAGCAUCACCUUCCACGACCAUAGUCGUCCAAAUUGAUGAAUAGGAAAGCACCCCAAAACACCGGACACGCUUUGUUCAACAAACAAAUGGCUACAGUUAAAAGGAAAGCCACACAAGACAGAGAGGCCAGUCUUGUCUGACUGACACAUGAUGCUUGGGUUGCUGCUCCAUCUUCUGGACUAUUUGUUGUAUUUUAAUGAUUUGAAGGUAGAACACCACCAAUGGGGAAAUUCUUAAGCGAAUUCCUGUCUAGUUUGGCUGUCUAGAAACCAUCUUUGAGGUUUUUCUCAAUUCCACAAUUGUUCCAAAAUAUAAUCUGAAGGGCGCAGGCAGCCAUCUUUGGCUUUUUAUUUGAUGGGUGGCCUCAUAAUUUUGUACCCGACUGUACAGUAUGUUCCAUCUUCAGCAUACCUUACUAGUUGCUACAGAUACAUACGUUGUAAAACAGCACACCAGCUGUCCUAGCUAUAUAUGAAUUGUGGUUUUGUGACCUGGUCUGGAAAAUAUAAAUUUUCUGGCAGCAUUUUUGGAUGAAAUUGGGUUAAUAAUCUAAUUUUGGCUAUAUCGGGUAAAAAAACCCCCCUACAAUCAGAACACCUAGGUCUAGACACCAAAUAAUCUGUCCUGAGUCUUUUGUACAUUUACUUUAUGGAUUUAUUAAGAAAACGUCUAUAAACCUGUAUUAAAUAUGUUUGCAAUUCCUAACAAGGAAAUGACAAUACAAUUUAUUACAAUACAAUUUCAAUGACAAAUUGCUAGUGGAAAGAUUGAUGCCAUAGUACAAAGUAAUUGUAAUGUUUCUUAUAAUGCCAAGUUGUAUAACACUGUACUGCUAGUCCUGUCUUAAUAAUUCAAGUAUAAUGUAUUAUAAUUUGGGUUAUUUAAUUAGUUCCUUUAAUUUCAUAAGUGUUAGAUAAUUCAAGUGUUUGAAUAUUUUCUUAAAGAAUAUUUAUGUAUAUAUAUGUGUGUGUAAAAAACCAAAUCUAUAUUUUAUUGUGAUUUUGGUUUUGGUGGUCUGUUUUCAUUAUUGUAACUCAAAGCAUGCCACUUAAACCUUCUGUUUUACUACUUCAUUUUGUGCCAGUAGAUUGCAAAAUAGAAAAUGUUGUGUAAAUAUUCACUGUUCAAUAGGGGAGGGGUCCCCUAAUAGUUCAUAGGGAUUAUGUAGCAUAAUAUUCAGAAUAUAACAUGCAGCCUGUGUAUAAUAUGAAUGAUUAGCCUUGGGUUACAUUACACUUGCAAAAACACCAUAGCUUGCUAUAUAGAACACUAUACACUGCACACCUUGUAUAUAACAUGAAACAGACAUACAGCAAGCAACAAUUCUACAAUUUGUACAAGGAGGCACCUUGUAGUCUGAAUAUUACAAUGUCCAUUUUUAUCCUGCGGAUGUAUUGGGUCACAGUGUUACAACUUUGUAGCAAACGGAAUCCUUUUGUUUGUGCGAUUCAUUCCGCCUUGGUAGUUCUAUAAAAUACGGAACCACAAAUAGAAUUGUGUCCUGGUUGCAACACCCACUUCAACCACUGGGGGCUCCAGGAUAAAAUGAGUCCUGUAAUCUCCUAAUUCACAUGACUUCACCUUAUUCUGAAUAUAUAGGGGGCACGAAAUGGAGUAGAGCAAAUUUGAACACCAAGCUAAUGGAUUUCAUAAAGGGUCAGAAAUCUUUUCCCCCCAAUAACGAGAACAGGAAAAUGUUGCAGAUUUUUUUUUACACCAUUUGGUCUAAUUCACUUGUCCUGUCUAACCAAAAGGUGUUAUGGGUAGUUACAAAGUUACACAGGGACUAAACAGCAAAAGUAUAUGUUACAGAGCACAGAAACAUGACACACUUAUGGGUUUGUGUACAAGAGCAUUUGCAGUUGUGCUGCAAUUCAUUGUUUCCAGCAUCCUGCUCAGAAUACAUAAUGUAAUUGAAGCACAUGGAAAUCCCAAUUAACAGUAUGGAUGUAAACCUGUAAUUGAUGGUAAACAGCACCCCUUACGGGUCACAGUGGAAACUGUCACAAUGUGGAGUGCAUCAUGUGGCAACUCCACUGUACCUACCAUAUUUCAGAGCUCUGUGGAUAAUACCUCCCCAAUUGGCUUUCUAAUCCCCCUGCAGACGAAUGCAUGUAAUCAGUUAUAUUGUAAAGAGGCAUUAUUUUGUAAGUCAUGUGAAAGACGAUAUUGGUUGCCCACCAGUUUUGUUUUGCCUUGACUCCUGCCAUUGACUUCUGUUUUGGAAAGGAUUCUAUCCACCAGCACUAUGGUCAUACAACAUUGUGUUUUGCACAGGGAAAGCAUAGCAGGAUAAAGUUCCUCUGUUUAAAUUGAAAAGGCACCGCUGCCAAGUAUGGACUCAGGAAUGCUGAACAGUAAGCAAGGAGUGGUUUUUUUUUUUUGUCUUUUUAAAAAGAGUUUGAACACGGGACAUGAUAUGAUUGGGAUUCAAGGUCUUGCAAGACACUAUUCACGACCAACGGCUGCUAUUAAUGUAGCAUUGUGUGCAUGCAGCACACCUAAUGAGACAGAAAGCCAGGAGAGUUUGCAGCCAUGUGUGAAUGACAAUGUUCUGCUUGAAUAAUGCCUGUCUUCACCCUAGAAGGGAAUCUCACUGGAUUACUGUGCAGAUCAUCUACGGGUAGCUCUCUUCUGUAAACGGCUGUAAUUCUGUAAUGCACCUUUUUCCAUUUCUCAACUAAAGCUAAAAUCCUGCAGGUGAUACAUUGGCCUGGCAGCAAGCAAAUACUUUUAUGUUACAAGGGUGUAUCCAAAAAUCUAAACUAUAUCACCAACAGUGAGUAAACAGUGACCUGUUGUAUUCUCAAUACUAGUAGAACUGACCUAUUAUAUCCAAUCAAAUAUGCGGCUGUUAUUGAGAUUUAAGUCUAAUGCCUCAGUACUACUCCUAAUCACCCUGCUCACAAUGCAUUCUUUAAGAAAUCUCCAGCACAUCAUUUAAAUGUGACAUUGAUCUGGAGUACUCGUAUGCCGAUGCAAACUUUUUAAUUCUAAAGAAAAGAUCAGAUUUAUGAACCAGGUGCCGUGUUAUCAGUCUUCUCAUCGCUCAUUGAUCAUCUGUUGGAAUCUUUGAUAUUAUUUCAAUACAAAGGUUGUAUUGCUUUUUUAAUUUUUAAUUUUUUUUUUAAUGUACAUUGUAUGAAGUGUUACAGUUUUUAAUAAUUGUGCAUUCUGUAUGCACCAAUACCAUUUGCCCAGUGUUACAAUAGGUUGCCUCAGAUUUGAAGUAAUCAGUUUUCUCAGCAAAGCAACCCCUUGCUCACUAAAUAUCUCAGGACCCCACAACAUAUAGCUGACUGCUCCGAUUAUAAUGAGGAAACUGUCCCGCAAGUGCAGUGGUACCCCAAAUAUUAUCAAGUUGGUACCAAUGCACAACAACUGGAUGGGUAUUUUUUUAUCAAAAAAAAAAAAAAAAAAGUGUUUCUGUAUCUGUUUCUGUACUUUAAGAAGCUUGAUGAAGGUAUGAAAUAUCCAAGAUAUCUAAACUAAUCUAUUCUUGUUUAGAUUUACUUUGGCUCAUUUCCAGUUUUAGUCACCACGUACUGGCCACUUUUAAAACUGCACUGGGGAAGAGCGAUGCUGGGGACAGGUUAAUGGUUACCAGAUAUAGUUGGAGGUUAGACAUGAGCUCUAUUGAGGCUGUGAUACAAAGUGAAUCUAAGCAAGAAGAAGAAUACAUUUGUUAAGAUCACUGUGAUAUUUCUGACACUACCAAGCUGCACUUCAAGACUGGGACCGUAGUGAAUGUGUCAGCAGCCUUGGUACUCAUCAUUGUAGAAUCCCAGGUUUGGUGAGUAGUGUAGCAUUGCUGGGGUGUAUCUCGUACACUAUUACAUUCAUAUUCUACUAUUAUUACUACAAACUCAUUAGAGAACCCAGCCAACUGAUCUCACCACAGAUCACUCUGAAGUGCCAUCUGUAUCAUAAACCUCACUGUUCAGAUAACGCCAUGUGUUACAUUGAGCCAGUCUUUCUCUAGUGCUUGUGUAUCACACUGCACACAGUGAACUCAUCUCCACGUCUUUGUAGGGCUUUAUCGAUACAGAGUCUCGUCUGGGACAUUGUGAUAUACCACAAUGUUCCAGAAAUGUGUCCUUUUUUGUGCCAAAGUAGGUUUUAUGUGUUUUUAGUUAAUUUGUUAAUGAUUUCUACAGUAUGUGCAGUCCAUGAAGCACUGUAUAUAUUAGCACACUGGAGUGGUUUUGGAAACUUGCAUUAUGAAGAAUAUUUAACAAGGUAGUGUACUGAAUUAUACUGACAAAAAUACUGAGUGGUUCAGAAAUUACUUAAUGCAACAAUAAGUGGUUAAUCAGUGAAAUAAUUGGCUGCACAAGAAACUGGAGAUUCAUUGAACACUAAUUCAAUGCUUUGGUGUUUUAAUAAUGCGCAUGUCCUCAUAUGAGGCUGUAAAGAAAGUGAAAUACUUCACUAUGAUUGGGCGAUUUAUAAUGUUUACAGAUGUCAUCCUGUACAUACACACAACCUAUGCAUGUAUGCACAUGCUUGAAUUAUUACCUGCAACACACACCUCAAUCACCUUUGUCAUCCAUCCAUGCACUGAUGCGUCACGCAGCAAGUGUGCUAAAAAAAACUUGUAUCGUUUGUCUGUAUAUUUGUGUUUUGGGAACACGCGUUUCUGUCCGAGAGGGAGGUCUAUGUUAUCACCCGCAAUAUAUAACCAUGUCUUCAUCAUUAUCUUUUAUGCAAGUUUCCAAAAACAGUUUUUGAGAAGACUUUUACUAACUGCCAAGACAAUCGCCAGAACAAUUACUCUGAAAACUCACAUCACCAACAGAAUAAUGUUACUGCAGAACUACUGAUGACUCUUUGUGUUUGUAUGUUUGUUGGUUUUUUAACCUGAUUUGUUAACUUGAGAACUUCAGUAGUUUAACUCUGUCUUGGGGUUUUAACCACUUUUAAGAUUAUUUGAUUAAUGGCACAGGGUAAUUAAAAUAGAUUUCUAGGUUCUUUAACCUUUAAUCUGACUUAAUACAUGUAUUCAAAUUUCUCAUCAUAGUAUAUGCAGAGGCAACUGCCUUUACUGAAAUAGUUAACCAGUAUUUUAGUCCUUAAUUCUGAUAUAAUGAACUUCUUAUUUGACUUCAUGUUUUAAGAAUUUGUUGUUCUACUUCAGUUUAAUGAUUGAUUAAUGAAUCGUUCACCUGUACUGAUUAAUCGAUUAGGAAAAUGGCACAAUUAAAGCCCCUAGUUUUUUAAUUAGGUGUGCUUGUUGUAUUAGUUUUUUCUUACUUUGUAAGACCUGGAGCUGAAGGAAUUGAUUUAACCGGUUGUUUUGUUUCCAGCAGCAGGAUAGUGUAUCUAACUGGGGCUCUAAAUUCACUGCAUUUCCAUGUGAGAUAACAUCACAUUGCUCAUCUAAAGAUGUUCACAAAGCGCCGAGGUUAAGAUGGCAGUAUGUCAAAAACUGUAACCUAGAACAGAUUCAUGAAAAUCAAACUAUUUAAAGAUACUGCUAGACUAAACUGCAAAUGUCUACGGCAGACAACCAACACUGAAGAGCAGCGUCUCAUAACCCACUGUAAUCCCUGUAGAUCUGCAGGAGGAUUAGGAGUAGGAAAGCAUUUUCUUUCAUAAAUACACAGACCAAACUAUUGACUGUGAGAUGAGGGAUUAUUUUUGAAAAGGAGCACUUUAAAAUGUUAUUGAUCAAAGCCUUAAUAUACAGUAUAUGAUUUCUAUUUUUUAAAUGUGCACCCUUUCCCACAUCCUCCUUUGACCCAGUAACCCCCGUUGCCAAAGCUGUUGUAAACUUAGCAGUCGGUGAAUUCAUUAAAGUCAAACACGCUCCCAAACGGCACUGUAUACUGUUGAAGACUAGACUGAUAUUUUACAAUCACUGUAAACAUGAAAUGUGAUGCUGCUAGAUUUGUGUAAUUCUUUGCCAGUUUAAAUAGUAUGUGGAUGUAUGUAACUUUUUUCUAUGAAAACAAUAAAUGUAUA